AUGAUGUGCAUGUGGGUACAAAACAACAAACUAAGGGCGGUCAUUACUAGUGACGAAACAUGCCAAAUGGGGGUGCUUCCGUGCUUGCGAUUAAUAGCCUCCUUUUGUUGAUUUUCGAUCGGCAGAACUUCUCCGUCUUGUUUACAUACAUUCAAUCAAACGCGAGAAGUUCAGAGGACCUGCACCUGCUCCGUCCAAGUCGGGCAAGCAUACUGUAACGAUGGCGAUGUGAGUGCACAUGCUAGCUGCGUCCCGGACGAGACGAAAAGCAAAGCUUGCAUGCGUGGGGUUGUUUCAUAUAGCGAUUUGCCGCUGGGCGCUGGCUGCUGAUGUGCUUAUUACCUUACGUCUGUGUCUUUACCUAGACGGGAGCUACUAGCUGUCGGCCCCUUGUGACCUACCUACCGUCUACCGGUGAAUCUAUUUAGUGCGUGAUUCCGGCGCCCCUGCUGCAGAAAUGCAGUGGUAGUGCUAGCUCCUCCGGCCAAAUCUUUCAGUAGAGUUUGCGCUUGCGUUCCGGCCGGACCGCGCCAUGGAGGAGCGCUCUCUUGCUUUCGAGACUGAAUCGGCAGGAGAAGAUGAGUGCUUCAAGGGCAACAAGGGCGGGUUCAGAGCCCUCCCCUUCAUCUUCGCAAAUGAGAUGCUGGAGAAAGUCGCUGGAUUUGGGCUCAACACCAACAUGAUCACGUACCUGACCGACAAGUACCACCUCAGCACCGUCACCUCCCAAACGAUGCUCUUCGUGUGGGGCGCCAUCUCCAACUUCGCGCCCAUCCCUGGCGCCAUCGUUGCCGACAUGUACCUCGGCCGGUUCAUGGCCGUCGCGCUAGGCUCCGUCGCGUGCCUGAUUGGGAUGGUCUUCCUAUGGCUGACCGCCACGGUCCCUGGAGCGCGGCCGCCUCCGUGCAACGGCGACCAGUGCGCGCCGCCGGGGGCGCGGCACCUCGCGUGGCUACUCGCCGGUUUCGCAUUCCUGUCCCUCGGCGCCGGCGGCGUCCGGCCGUGCUCGAUGGCGUUCGGCGCGGACCAGUUCUCGAGGCACCCCAAGCAGCGUCGGCUCCGGAUCCUGCAGGCCUACUUCAACGCCUACUACGCGUCCAUCGGCGUGGCGUUCAUGGUCGCCGUCACGGCCAUCGUCUACCUGCAGGACAACGUCAGCUGGAACGUCGGGUUCGCCGUCCCGAUGGGCCUCAUGCUGCUCUCCACGGUCAGCUUCUUCCUGGGAUCGGGCCUUUACAUCAAGGAGAAGGGCAAGAGGCAGAUGUUCGCCGGGAUAGGCGCCGCCGUCGGCGCGGCGAUCAGGAACCGCGGGGCGCGGUUGCCGGACAAGACCGUCGAUGGCGUGUACCAUCACCUCAAGGACUGCAAGCUCGCUGUCCCCACGGACAAGCUGAGGUUCUUGAACAAGGCGUGCUUGCUCCGUGCCACCAAGGAGGACGCGCCCUGCAACGGCUCGGACGCGGCGGCCUCCGAGCGGCACGGCCACGACGGGAAGAGGCCGUGCACGGUGGACCAGGUGGAGCAGCUCAAGUCGGCGAUCCGCGUCCUGCCGAUCUGGUCGUCCACCAUCUUCCUCGCGCUGGCCAUGAACCAGAGCUUCGCCGUGAAGCAGGCCGAUACCAUGGACCGGCGCGUCGGCGCGGGCGGGUUCCGCGUUCCCAGCGGCUCCCUGGCCGUCUUCAACAUGGCCACCAUGUCGCUGUGGUCGGCCAGCUACGACAGGUGGGUCGCGCCGGCGCUGCAGCGGUACACGGGCAACCAGCGCGGGCUCACCAUGAAGCAGCGCAUCGGUGGGGGUCUGCUCCUCGCCACCGCGUCGACGGCGGUCUCGGCGGCAGUGGAGGGCGCGCGGCGGCGGCUGGCGCUGAGCGGGGUCACCAUCUCGGCGUUCUGGCUGGUGCCGCAGUUCGCGCUCGUGGGGCUCGCCGAGGCGUUCGGCGUCAUCGGGGAGAUCGAGUUCUUCUACACCGAGCUGCCCAAGAGCAUGGCCAGCUUCAGCAUGUCGCUGCUGUACAUGGCCUUCGGAGUGGGCAACCUGGCCGGCGCCCUCAUCGUGAAGGUGGUCCAGGUGGCGAGCAUGCGAGGGGGAAGAACGGGCUGGCUCGUCGACGACUUGAACGCCGGGCACUACGACUACUACUACUGGCUGCUCACGGGCUACGGCGUCGCGAACUUUGUGUACUUCGCUUGGUGCUGCUGGGUGUAUGGCGAGGAGGGGAAGAACGUGGAGUGGGAAGAGGAGGGCAACACGGAGCAGCCCUAGUCCUGUACUGAAGCCCGAGUUUGGACUUGGAACGCUUGUGUUGCUGUGAGAACCCUGUAGGUCUGAACAAUGAACUUCUGGAAGCUGAAUGUUCAAUAUGUGGUAGUAUAAAGCAUAAGUUAACUUUACUAGCUUAUUAGUUAUUGUUUAGGUUUGUCAGGGUCACAAGCAGUUUUAGACUUUUA